AUGUCAAGGGCGACGGAGCCACAGCCACUUACUGUAGGGAGAAUUAUAGGUGAAGUGGUAGACGCAUUCACACCAAGUGUGAAAAUGAGUGUCACUUAUAACCCUAACAGGCAAGUUGCUAAUGGCCAUGAGCUUAUGCCUUCGGUCAUUGCUGCUAAACCUAGAGUUGAGAUUGGUGGUCAGGACUUGAGGACUUCUUAUACGCUUAUCAUGACAGACCCUGAUGCUCCAAGCCCAAGUGAUCCCCACUUAAGAGAGCAUAUCCACUGGAUGGUCACAGACAUACCUGGUACAACUGAUGUUUCCUUCGGAAAAGAAAUAGUGAGCUAUGAGAGUCCAAAACCGGUGGUUGGAAUACACCGAUACGUGUUCUUGUUAUUUAAGCAGAGAGGAAGGCAAACAGUGAGGCCACCAAUUUCAAGAGAUUAUUUCAACACAAGGAGAUUCGCAGAAGAAAAUGGAUUGGGUCUGCCAGUGGCUGCAGUUUACUUCAAUGCACAGAGAGAGACUGCUGCCAGAAGAAGAUGA